GCCGCAGACGGCCGGAGGGAGCUUCGCCGGGCUGGAGGCGCUGGUGCUGGCCGUGGGCGCCGAGCGAGGAGGCUGGGCGGGCGGGCGGGCGCUUUGCUCCGGGGCAGCCGCUCGCUCGCUCGCUAUGAAUGCGGCCCGGGCUCUGCUUUCCGCCGUGUUCCUCGCGGGUUUCUUCUGGGGGGAUCUUCCCUGUUGCCAGCAGGCCACCAUCCCCGCCGCCACCGCCGCGCCGUCUCUCCGGGAGCCCGGCAAGGGCAAGCGGAGCUGCCGGGAAGGCGGAACGUCCCGAUCGGCUGGAGAGGCGGCCAAAAAGGGAUCGGCUAUAGCCCAGCCGCGGGUGGAGCCCCACGAGUACAUGCUCUCCCUCUACCGGACCUAUUCCAUCGCCGAGAAACUGGGCACCAACGCCAGCUUCUUCCAGUCCUCCAAAGCGGCCAACACCAUCACCAGCUUUGUGGACAGGGGGCGAGACGAUCUUUCGCCCAGCGCUUUAAGGAGGCAAAAAUAUUUGUUUGAUGUAUCGACUCUCUCAGACAAAGAGGAGCUGGUGGGGGCCGAGCUCCGUCUCUUUCGGAAAGCCGCCGGCGAUCCUUUCUCCAAGGCUCAGACAGGCUUGGCCCGUCUGCAGGUCUCGCCCUGCCUUUCGGGCCGCCGCCUGGACUCCCGGACUCUGGACUUGCAGGAGGCGGCGCCCGUCCGGCCCGGUGGUGGUGGCGGCGGCGACUGGGAGGUGUUUGAUGUCGGGCAAGCUUUGCCGCCCCUCCGCGGGCCCUGGAAGAAGCGGCAGCAGCUUUGCCUGGAGCUGCGGGCCGUCGGGGGGACGCGCUCUCAGCCCCACCCGCAGCUGCUGGACCUGCGGCCCCUAGGCCUGGGGCGAGGCGCCCGGGCCCAGCAGGAGAAGGCCCUGCUGGUAGUCUUCAGCAAGUCCAGGCGGAAGAACCUCUUCGCCGAGCUGCGCCAGGAACCGGGAGCCCGGCCUCUGCCUCCUCUGCCGCACAACGCGGCCGCCCUGCCCUGGGAAGCGGCGGGCCCCGUGCAGCUCCGCUUGCAGGCCCGCCGGAUGAAGCGCGCCGCCUAUAACCACCGGCACGGCAAGCGGCACGGCAAGAAGGCGCGUCUCCGGUGCACCAAGAAGGCGCUGCACGUGAACUUCAAGGACCUGGGCUGGGACGACUGGAUCAUCGCCCCGCUCGAAUACGAGGCGUACCACUGCGAGGGCGUGUGCGACUUCCCGCUGCGCUCGCACUUGGAGCCCACCAACCACGCCAUCAUCCAGACCCUCAUGAACUCCAUGGACCCGGCCGCCACGCCGCCCAGCUGCUGCGUGCCGGCCAAGCUGACGCCCAUCAGCAUCCUCUACACCGACGCCGGGAACAACGUGGUGUACAAACAGUACGAGGACAUGGUGGUCGAGUCCUGCGGGUGCAGGUAGCGGCGCGCCGCCGAUCCCCGGCUGCAACCCCGGAGCGGAAGGGCGAGGGAAGCCUCGGGGAACUCCCACGGCGGACAGCGAGCGUGCGAGAGUGAAAGACACGCGAGGGAAAGCGGGCGGAAAGCGCGCCACGUGCGAGCCCUCGCUCCGAGCUGGGGAGGGAAGACUGGGCGGUCCGGACUGCGCUUGCGCAAUGUUUGCUUCGUGGGUCCCAGUUCCUGCUCCUUGAAGAGCCAAGAGAGAGAAAGAGAAAGUACAAUAGCUAACGCCGUUUUGGGAACAAUGUUUCCGCGUCCAGGCAAAGCCGUCUCCCCUAGGAUGGGAGAGUUUGCUCCGAAAACACAUGGCGAAAGUUCCUCUGAAAAGUUGUUCGGUCGAUGUUUCCCCCUCGACUGAAGGUUUGGAACUUACCCAAACGAGUCCCGUUUUGCAGAAAUGAAGCCUUGGUUUUGAAUCCGCAAGCACAACAUUUUCUGGGAUAAUUCACUGCCCCCUUGCCCUUGCAGUUCCUGGAAGAUUUUUUUUUUUAAUAUAAAAAAAAUGGAGUAUCGGGGAGGUUACCCAAGUCUCUUAAGAGAGGCAACGUGGGGAGUGGUGGUGGUCAGAAAUUGAAUUGUGGGAACCAGGCGAAGACACGUGUCGUCGGUCCCUUUCGUAAGUGGCGCCAGCCUCGUGCAACUCCUCUGGUUGGCAGAGCUUGGCCUUUAACAUUCAGGUUUUAAAACGGACUUCUUUUAACUUUUUUUCUCCCUGCUCCCGUGUCGUUCCCCUGUGCUGUGCGGACAAUCUGCGCUGAAAACGGCAAUCGGCGGUUUCUCAUUUCUGACUUGAAGGCAAGGAAGAAAUAAGAUGAGGCAAACUGCAUCACUUCCAAUGAAUGAAUUCUUCCUUUCCAAGAAUGUAAUCCUGGCAAUUCUCAUCUAGAUUCUCUUUGAAGAGAGAAGUAUGAGGAAAAAAGCAAGUGUGGAGAAAGUUUAGUUUGACAAUCCUUGAAUCCAGAAUUGUUUCUGUGUUUCCCUUACAAAUAUUUCCAUCCUGACACGGAUUAAGUACUUCCUCCUUCCUCUAAAGGAAAAAUCAGUCCCACUCUAUAAUUAGUUUAGGUGGCUGAUCUUUUAAAUGUAUUAAUUAGAAGCUGUGAAAAGAGCUACAGGUGGGACAUACUGGGGAUGUUUAGAGGAGGGGUCUCCAACCUUGGCAACUUUAAACCUGGCAGACUUCAACUCCCAGAAUUCCCCAGCCAGCAAAGCUGCCUGGGGAAUUCUGGGAAUUGAAGUCUGCCAGUCUUAAAGUUGCCAAGGUUGGAGACUUCUGGUUUAGAAGGUUAUGAAAGAGCUCCUUAAUUUCAAAAUGUUCAAAAUUCAAAAGUUCCAGGAAGGGUAGGUGCUAGGAAGGGUUGGCUAGCUGCAGUGGUGUUUAUAUAGUUAAUGCAGAUGUGAUGCUGAGAGAGACAAUAAUUAAACACUGCUCCACAAAUCUGCACCUCUGCACCUCACAAGACUUGGAAAUAUUCCUGAGAUAUUUCCUUGGGGAUUCAAGAUUUCCUAGAACUUCAAAAGGGUGGGGAAAGUGGAGGAAAGACGUAUUAGUGUAUAAAUAAAUAGAUAAAUAAUAUAAAAUGCUAAUAAAAGAAAGCCUUCACCAGGAGCGAUAAUUUAAAAGAAAGUGCACACUUUGGUUUUGGAUACAGUGUUUGUUCAUAUUGAAGCUGUAAAUAUUUAUUUAAAACAGACUGCAGAGUACAAAAAUGGAGAUGAGCAAUGUACAUUUCCCCCUUUCCCUGAAUGCCCAGAGCAUUAUAUGCACUCAAUUGUCUAAUAUUUUUUUAAAUAGAUUUGAGCUGUACAGAUUUAAGCAUUAAUCAAAUGUUUCAUUUGUAUGUCUGCAAUGUUACCGUUUCCCCCCACUUUAAAAUGUUCCUGCAAGAUUUAAAAUUUCGUGCUAAUGAAGAAUUCUUUGUUUCUACUGUCUACCUCACUGUGUUGCGAAGGCUUGAUCUUCUGGGAAGACUCACCAGUCAGGCCUGGUUCCCAUUCAUUUCAGUGAUGCUCUGAGCAGGACAUCUUGCUGGGUUCUAUUUCAAAUGUUUACAGCAUAGCAAUCCUCUGCACACUCACCCGGGAAUAAAUGCCAUUAAAUAGUUAGAGCUUAUCUCUGAGUUAGAAUGGAUGGGAUUGCUGUGUAAUGUCCUCUUUAAGAUCAAUUUAUGCCUAGAACAUUUUUACGGUAUACUUUUACUGGAUGGUAUUAAAACUAUGGCUGUAUUAUUAAACUUUUUGCAUAAAAAUGUUGCUUUUCUGUUAUAGUUAAAUAGCCUCAUAUAUUUAUUUUACCAGAAUGUUGACUCUAAAUUCUAAAAAAAUGCUCUCAGAAAAUUUGAAACAACUGACACCUCAAAACACUUCCGUCUGUAUUUUAUAAAACUUUUUGAAAUACUUA